AUGACAUCCUUGACGUGCAGCCGUGAUAAUUAUAGUAUCGCCGAAAGAGGCUCUGCCACUGUAUGGCGCUUGAUCCAAUACCACGCAUACAUGGAUUAUCAUAUUCCAGAAUACUUUUCUCCUGAGGCCCAAGAUCUGGUGAAUGGUAUCCUGCAACUUGAUCCAAAGCAACGCUUGACCAUCAAUCAAAUUAUGCGACAUCCAUGGAUGAGAACAAGUGAUGAUGACGAAUGUGAUAGUGCUCGAUGUUCCAUGUACUCGGACGUCGAUUCGAUUUUCUCAUCAUCAGCAGCUCGACGCGACGAUUACGAAUACGACUCAUUUUCGGAUGUAUCUUCGAGCCCUGGUACACCUAAACACCAAAGCUGGCAUCGUAAGCAACAAUCACCCAUGCCGAGCAUGUUGCAAGAAAAGAGUCGUUUUGUCAACAGCAAUCGUCCACCUCGAUAUUCAGCUCCAACAGUCAGCAGUCGUGCUCGUAUCACACAACCUCACCAUCAUCAUCUUUUUCAACAUUCAGUGCGAUCCUCUUUACCAAGCAGCUUACCAUCUGUGAGAGCAGCAGCUAAACGAUCGUCAUUGGCAGUAGAGGAACCAGCUAUGGGACCUAUGGAAGAACGUCUUUUUGCAGCUUUAACAGCUGCUGGAUUUGAUGAAGCUGUGGUACGAAAGAUGCGUACGUCGUCGGAUUCCGGUAACACGUUGGGUGCCAUGUGGCACAUGCUUAUGGAUAAUCUCAGCAAUCAGCCAAACAUCAACGACAACGAUAGCACUGCUGUGAAUCGAUCAUUGACAACGCAUGGAACAAAACAAGCGGUGUCAGCUGGUACGCAAACCGAUGAUUCGAUUGAGCAACAGCCUGUACGUCGACGACCGGAGCCUAUUGUACCUGUAAAACCACCACAGCAACAACAACAACAGCCACAGCAACAUCUUGUACCUGAAAUAGAUCCCAAACCACAGCCAAGUACCAGUACUGGUAAAUCGGGAUGGUUGUCAUCAGUCAAGUCAUGGUUCGGUGCUAAGCAACAACAAGAAGAUAAUGCUAAGCAACCUCCAUUCGCUUCAUCUUCGACGCCUACACCACAACCCAUGCCAAAAUUCACUCCUCCCGAAUUGACUCGUCCCAUGGCAGCUCAUAACAAGCCAUCCUUGGAUAGCUAUUACAAGGCAAGUAAUGCAUUUGGUCCUACGGCUGCACGCCCCAUCAAUGCAAGAGAUCCUGCCAAGAUUGCUUUGCCUGCACCACAACCUGUAGCUGUUGAGCUCAACAUUGGCCUUGACAAGGUAUCUCCACAGCCACAUUCUGUUGUUGGACCUCCCCGAUCCACCGCUUCCAGUCCUACCGAAGAAUCAAGCUCAACGGAUGAUGAUGACGAUGAUGAAGAAGAAGAGGAUGAUGAUUCUUCCUCUUCUGGAUCUUCAGUGGCUACUUUAGAAGAUGAUGAUUGUGGACGACAUCCUCAUCAUACCCCAAUUCAUCAUCACCAAACCACUGAAAUGAAGCCUACAACUCCAACACCUUCAUCACCCCAUCCAUCGUCUCUGAUUCAUGACCAGGAAGCAAAGCAGCACCAUGAACAGCAAUCUGGUUCUAGAUUGGAAGUCCCUGUACCCACACCAUACCCCACACGAUCUUGGCCAUUGGCUAUUCGAGAAAACGGUCCUGCACCUCUUGCUACUGCAUCGUCAAAGCGAUUCGAAUUUGCUGCACCACGAUCACGAGCACAACUUGGUUCCUAUAAUGACUUGGGGCGCCGGAAGCCCUUGGCAGCAAGAGCCAUCAUAGAAGAAGAGGAGGAAGAAGAAUAA